AUGGGUCAGCUCCUGUGGAGCAUUCUGCGGGACUUGUACGUAUUCUUGAUCGUUGUGUUUCUCAUCGAGCGCUUUCCGGGGAGCGAUUUGAUGCAUGAUGUCUUUCGAAAAACAGUGAUUGCAGCCACGAUUGCCGUGGUGAUCUGGAAACUGUUUGGCGGAAUGCUCUUCGAAACGUCAUCUGUUGGAGGCGCCCGAGUUGGGGGCCCUCUCAGGCAGAAGAAGACGGAAGGAGGCAAUGGCCACGGCUUGGAGUGGGCGGUGUGCGAGAUGCAAGGCUGGCGCGCCGCGAUGGAGGAUGCCACUUGCAUUGCUGCGACCUUGCCAGAGCCACUGGCUCACCAGGCACUUUUUGCCGUAUUUGAUGGCCACGGUGGGUCACAAGUGUCUCACAUCGCUUCCAAAGAGUUUCCGAAGGUGCUCCAAGUGUGUGCAAAUAAGCUCCGCGACUCCAGCGACGAGGACGACACAUCUUCACAGCAGGCUGAGCUCACCGCAAACGGGUCGCCUGUGGCUGCCAGCAGCUCCAAACCGCGAGCUGUGGAGGGCGAUUCGGCGAUAAGUGACGAGCCAGUUCCAAAGACAAAUGGCGUCGAGGCUGGCAGUGCAAAGGAGGAGGGCGGGCUCUCGGGCAAAUCUCUUUCUAUGAGCAUGAUUGCUAUGGACGCUUUUCUUCGGCAGUUGGGCAAUGGCCUCAACUCCAAAGGGAAGAACAGCUUGCUCCAACUUUCCAGUCCGCUGGGCAUCAUGGCCAGGCACCUCGAGGCCAACAGUCAAAGGAACGCCUUCAAUUUGGUGGGAAGUACAGCCAUCGUUGCCCUUGUUGACAAGACAGGCGGCAAGCGGACUGUCACCGUCGCCAACUGCGGUGACUCUCGAGCUGUGCUCUGCCGCAAUGGCAAGGCCGUAGAGCUCUCGGAGGACCACAAACCUGAGUUGAAUGGUGAAGAGAGACGCAUCAGGCAAGCAGGUGGCUCCGUGAAGUUGAUCGGACCCUGUCACCGAAUAGACGGGUGGGGCCUUAAUCUCUCCAGGGCCCUAGGCGACUUCCAUUACAAGGCACGGCCUGACCUGAGUGCAGAACAGCAGAAGGUCAUUGCUGUGCCAGAGAUCCGGACGGUAGAGUUGCACGACGACGAUGAGUUUCUAGUGCUUGCUUGCGAUGGCUGUUUCGAGCUGCACACUUCCCAGAAAGUCGUGGACAUCGUCCGGGCAGCUCUGAAGGCAGGCCAAAGCGUGAAACAGGCCGCUGAAGAGCUUGUCGACCAAAGCUGUAGCCCAAACCUGGUCAAGACCAGGGGAAAAGGUGGCGACAACUGCAGUGCAAUCAUCAUCAAGCUUUAA